AUGAAUAUCGAUGUGGUGUUUGAGAUACUCUUGCAUCUUCCUGUUCGAUCCCUCUUGAGAUUCAUAGGUGUCCACAAAUCGUGGUAUUACAUCAUUAAUUCUCCACAGUUUAGAAAAUUGCACACCCUGCGCCGUAACAACAACAAAGAUGAGGAGGUAUAUCUAUGCUUUACUCCUUAUUUCAUUACUGGUCGUACACAAGUAUCACUAAAUCUCCUAGAUAAUGGGAAGUUAUUGAUGUGGUAUUACUUUCAGCAUAAUGACGAAGGGUCAAAAGAUGUAUCUGUAUCUAGGGCGGUUAAGGGUCUAGUCUGCAUGAGUUCUCGUUAUGCGUUAGACAUUACAAUAUGCAAUCCUUUUCUUGGUCAAUUAAGGACUCUACCACUUUCUUCUUAUGCUACUACUCACUCCCGGUAUAUUUAUGAUCAUCAUGUGGGACUGGGUUUCCACGAAGAUUAUAAAGUGGUAUGGUUGCAUCCGUGCUGGGAGCACAGUUGUUUACAUGUCAAUCUAUAUUCGGCAAGGACGAAUUCUUGGAGGGAAUUGAAUUGUGAUCAAGAUUUGAUCAUCGAGAAACCCAUAAAGUCGGUGUGCAAGAAUGGAUCCUUUGCACACUGGGAAGGGCGAAACAGAAGCGGUGAGAAGAUUAUAUUAAGCUUUGAUAUGAAGAAUGAAGUGUUUCGAACAAUUACAAUAUCACGACUGGGUGACCAUGUGCUUGAUAAUUACUUUUGGUUACAUAAGGUUUUAGUUAUUCUUGCAAAGGAUGAGUGCUCUUUUGUUAUCCUUGUUGUGGACAAAUAUAAGUUGAAUGUUUAUGAGUCGAGCGGUGAAGGAAGUGAGCUUAUUUGGAAUAAUGUGAAUAAUGUGGACCUAUAUUCUUUUUGGAAGUGCGAUUUUCGGGGGAGUGAUGAGAUUCCUUUUUGGAGGAAUGAUAAUUGUGUGAUUAUCAGAGGUCGUACAUCAAGAGAAGUGCUUUUGUAUGAUUACCGUGCUCGGAAAUUCAUCAGACAGUUCAUGAUGCUUGGGAGCUUGGCCACUGGUGAUGAUAUCAUUGAGUAUGAAGGAAGCUUGAUUUCUCCUUAG